AUGCCUCUCGACAAGACCACCGAUCUCUCCAUCGCCGAACUGGCAAUCUACAUCACCCUCAUCCCACCAACUGCCUGGCUCUUUUUCAAGCACGGCCGCCGCGCAUUCCUAGCCUACAUCUACCUCCUGAUCUUCCAGUCCCUCCGCAUCGUCGCCGCAGGCCUCCAGAUUAACGCCCACAAUGAGCACAAGACCUCGACCACAGGCUCCAUCCUCGAUGCCGUCGGUCUCAGUCCCCUCCUCCUCGCUUUCUCAGGCUUCCUCUACGAACUGGGUCGCUACUACGCUCCUCCAACACAAACGCCCCGCCGCAUGCAUUUCGAGGAAAUACUGAUCCAUUUCGGCGCUUCCACGGGCAUCGCACUCGCCGCGGUUGGCGGGUCGAAUCUGACGAAGUCGAAUGCAACGCCGUCCUCCAUCAGUUCGGCACAUCAUCUGCAAGAAGGAGGUAGCGUCUUGCUCUUGUUGACCUGGGCGGGCAUCGCAUAUCUCUGCGUACGACUCUGUCGAAACAUGGGAGGAUUUGGGGGGUUGAUCGUGUUACUACUGGUGGCUGGUCUUUGCAUCGGUAUUCGAGCGGUGUACAGCGUGGUGUACGCUUUUGACCAUUCCGCCUCUGUCAAUCCGAUCACAGGAAAAUUUGCCAUCAAGCUGAUUUUGGUGUUCAUGGUUCAGCUCCUGGCUGUUAUGGCGUUGCUAGCUACGGGCUUCCUGACUCGCUACAUCGCAAAGGAGAUGCAUGCUGGACGGAGAACAAGGACAGGAGAUGUCGAGGAACAGGGCACGUCCCUUCGACCGGUGACCGCCAAGUAG